AGGGUACCCGCCCGGUGAUCCCGCCUACCCCCCACAGGGCAACCCGCCGCCCCCCCCAGGAUACCCGCCCGGUGAUUUCGCCUACCCCCCACAGGGCAACCCGCCGCCCCCCCCAGGGUACCUGCCCGGUGAUCUCGCCUACCCCCCAAGGGCAACCCGCCGCCCCCCCAGGGUUCCCGCAUGAUGGCUCUGCCUACCCCACACAGGGCAACCCGCCCCCACCCCCAGGGUACCCGCCCGGUGGCUCCGCCUACCCCACACAGGGCAACCCGCUGCCCCCCCCAGGGUACCCGCACGGGGGCCCCGCCGACUACCCGACUCAACCCCCAGAUGGGGCCGUCAAGUUUGGCCCCAUGCCGGUGGGAUCAGAGCCGCCACAUGUGGGAGUUGGUCAGGCCGUCGGUCCCAACGUGGUGUACGUGUCCCAAGUUCCGAACCAGCAUUUCAGAUCAAACAACUCCGUGAUGGCCACGUGCCCGUCCUGCGGUCAGUCUGUGAUGACGCAGAUGCAAGGCAUCGUCUCCCUCUUCACGUGGUUGAUCGCCCUCUCACUCUGCCUUGUGGGUUGCUGGCUCUGCUGCUUCAUCCCCUUUCUGGUGAAUGACUGCCAGGACAUCGAGCACAGCUGCCCGAUGUGCCACGCUCACAUCUACACCUACAACAAGAUGGGGUGAGCACGUGGCGCCCGCCCGCGCGUGUGUGCCCACGCGCAUCCUACCACGUGCACGACGACGUCUACCAAACGAGAUAUGUGAGCCAGAGGUCGCAAUCAGGUACCCGUACCCGUACCCUACCCGAUACCUGGCUACCCGUACCCGGCCGGGUAUGGGUACGGGUACCCGUUUGCGACCCUGGUGCGGCCGGGUACGGGUACGGUAGGCCGUGAGUCACUGGUGAGUAACCGUUUGUCACUCAUUUCCCAACGUCUUGUCUCUUCCUAGAAUCAACCCACCCGCGCCUGCAACAUGGCUUCAUCCCAGAGGUUGCAAUCGGGUACCCGUACCCGUACCCUACCCGAUACCUGGCCGGGUAUGGGUAGCCGGGUAUCGGGUAGGGUACGGGUAUGGGUACCCGUUUGCGACCCUGGUGCGGCCGGAUACGGGUACGGGUAAGGAAUCAAAACCCGUUUGCGACCUCUGUUGUGAGCACGUGGCGGCUGUCACGCGUGCGUGCGCAUGCACAUCCUACCACGUGGACGAUGACGCCGUCCAACGAGAUGGGAUGAGCACGUGGCAGCUGUGUCACUCACUCACGUGCGCGCUAACAGGAUACAAUGAAUCCGCGAUAGAAUGACACGUUAUGUUCAUAAAGAAGGAAGGCAAUCAGCGUCAAGGAGCAGCCGAAUGUUGAGUUUUUUUAGAUCCACAAAUCGUCGGUUUCGAUCCAGAAAUCUUGUGACAGGUAUGACUUUACAUUUCAUCGAUAAGGCAUGGAUCAAGCUUUGUAUCGUUAAAAAAUAUGUCGAUUCCCUUUCCCGUAAUCCUUAUAUGGUCAAAGCCACGCCCCAUUGCUCCAUAUAUGGACCUAACAUUAACAUAAUGUGUCAUUCAUUUUAUCGCGGAUUCAUUUGAUCCUUUUACAGCGCACAUGCGUUCGACGACGCGGGUAGAUGAAGGCGGGCAGCGUAGACGUGGGGUAACAUAGUACAGUAGAACAACAAUGGGCGUUUAUGCAUUGCCAGCCGUGGGCCAAAGCGUCGCUCAGCCGCAGCCGCUUAGGGGCCGUCCAUAAAUGACGUCACGCGAUUUUGGACGAUUUUUGAUCCCCCCCCCCCUCGUGACACGGCGUCAGAAAAAGUCAGACCCCCCUCUCAAAUAUGACGUCACAAAGCUCUGACCCGUCCCCAAAUCAUAUCUCCAUUUUGAAAAUAAAACAUGCUUCAAAUCGCUUUAAACUAUUGCCAUUGUAGUGCGUAUUUAAUGUGGCGCUGCACUCUGAUGUUGUAGGAGUGUUGUUAUAACAAUUAGUGUUGUUAUAACAAUUCUAUUUUUAUUUCAAGUUGCGCAUUUUGAUGUGACGUCAUAUUUCUCAAACCCCCCCCCCCCUCGUCACACAUCGUCACAAAUGUCUUACCUCCCCCCCCCCCCCUUGGUGCGUAAACGUCAUUUAUGGAC